AUCAGUUCUGAGAAGAUGAAAGAGGAGAGCAUGUGCCCAGACUCCCCCGAAGGCAGCCUGGUCACUAGUGAGGAGGAGGGCGAACGGCUUCACAAGAAAUGCCUCCGUAAGCGCGGCCAGCUGGGCAAACCCAUGGAGGAUUGUGGCUCUCAUUCUCCGCAGGGCAAGCGCAGCAAGCGCAGCCCCGUUCCCCAGUCCUUCGAGGAUGUGCACACUCAGCGGGUGAUCGCCAAUGUACGGGAGAGGCAGCGCACCCAGUCACUCAACGAUGCCUUUGCCGAGUUGCGGAAGAUCAUCCCCACGCUGCCCUCCGACAAGCUCAGCAAGAUCCAGACCCUCAAGCUGGCCGCCCGCUACAUAGACUUCUUGUACCAGGUGCUGCAGAGUGAUGAGCUGGACCACAAGAUCACCAGCUGCAACUACCUGGCCCACGAGAGGCUCAGCUAUGCCUUCUCUGUCUGGAGGAUGGAAGGGGCUUGGUCCAUGUCAGCAUCUCACUGAGCCUGCAGGAUCCAGCCAACAGACACCACACCAAGCGACUGAAGCACUGAUCAAAGGGGAGAGCCUGGCUGAAGAGC